UUCAGACUUUUUUUAUGCGAUCAAUGUGGGCCCUGACAUGAGAUUAAAGAAUGUGUUUUGGGCAGACGCCCGAAUUAGAGCUGCGUAUUAAUCAUUCGGGGAUGUAAUCACAUUUGAUACAACAUACCUGACCAAUGCUUAUAAAAUGCCUUUUGCGCCGUUCGUGGGUGUGAACCAUCAUAGUCAGUUAAUUCUAUUUGGCUAUGGAUUGAUAUCCAAUGAGGAUGCACAUACUUUUGAGUGGUUGUUUCAAUCAUGGUUGAAGUGUAUUAAUGACCGACCACCAAAUGCAAUCAUUACAGACCAAGAUAAGGCAAUGAAACUUGCAAUUGCGAGGGUGUUUCCUUCGUCUAGGCAUCGUUUUUGCUUGUGGCAUAUCAUGAAGAAACUUCCUGAGAAGUUUGGAUCAUAUUCUCGAUAUGACGAGAUCAAGAGUACUCUGCACAAAUGUGUGUAUGACUCGUUAAAUGAGAAUGAAUUUGAAGAACGAUGGUGUGAAUUGCUUGACAACUAUGAUCUUCGUGAUAAUGCUUGGUUGGGAUCUCUUUAUGUUGAUAGGCGGUUUUGGGUGCCGGCGUAGGUUAAAAACACAUUUUGGGCUGGAAUGUCAACUACACAACGUAGUGAAGGCAUGACUGCAUUUUUUGAUGACUACGUUCACUCUAGGACCACAUUGAAACAAUUUGUUGAUCAGUAUGAUUCAGCCCUUAGGAGGAAGGCAGAAAAUGAAGCAAUUACUGACUUCAAUUCAUUUAACACUGAAAUUCCUUGCAUCUCCCGCUAUCCUAUCGAGAAGCAAUUUCAAAAAAUAUACACAAUUGCCAAGUUUAAGGAAGUCCAAGAAGAAUUUCGAGGGUUUUUAUACUUGACUACCUCGUAUUUAGGGGGAGAUGGUGCAAAAUAUACGUACGGUGCCACGGAUGAGAUUGAAGUCUGUGAUGGACUCCUUAAACGUGCAAACUACAUGGUGAGCGUACAUGAUGAAGAUCCCUUAGAGAUUACAUGCAGUUGCAAGUUGUUUGAGUUUAGGGGAAUAUUAUGUAGACAUGCUCUUCGUAUUCUGACGCAGUUAGGCAAAAGUGAAGUUCCUCCAAAAUAUAUUUUGGAUCGGUGGAGGAAGGAUAUAAAGAGAAAAUAUCUACUCAUAAAAAGUAGUUAUGAGGCGACGAGCAACCUCAAGAGACAAAGGUAUGAUCGGAUCCAAACUUGCUUCUAUCAACUGUGUUCAAAUGCCGAAAAGACCGAGAGAAACUGUGUGAAAUUGAUCGGUCAACUAGAACAAUUGAAGCUAGAGUACCCGGAUGACGAUUCAAGAGAAGGUACUUCCACAACUAGUCCAACUACUCCCAUCAAUGGCACGACAGGAAAAGUUUUUAGUCCGUUAGUAGUCUGGAGUAAAGGGAGACCACUAAGUAAGAGAAGAACGCAUCCCGUUGAGAAGGCUCUCAAGAAACCGAGUACGAGAAGGAGAUUGCCAACAACCGAGAUGAGUAAUCACUUAUCAAGAGAAGAUAGACCAAAUACAAAUGUGAGCGGCACACGACAUGAGGCUCUGCAAACCCAAGUACACUAA